AGAAGAGGAAGAAGGUUCAGUGCUGCUGCUGGGUUUCAGUCCCUGUGGGAUCAUGUCGCAGGCUAUAUUUGAAGCGUUGGAAGGCAUGGACAACCAGACCGUCCUUGCUGUCCAGUCCUUUCUGGACGGUCAAGCCGGUGUCCCUGAUCACAGCAAUCAGAACGUCUCAGGGGCUGCCAUCCAGCCAAUGGAUGAUGACGAUGUCUUCCUGUGUGGGAAGUGUAAGAAGCAGUUCAACUCUUUGCCGGCGUUCUUGACGCACAAGAGGGAGCAAUGCCAGCAUAACACCCCCUCACUCGCCACCGUGUCCCUGGCAUCCAGCAACACCUACACACCUGUACCCUCAGUCAGCGCCGUGCCACAACUACCAGCCAACAGACAGGUGUCGACCUACAUCACGGUGCCACCAUCUCCUCUCACGCACACCCUAGUGCAGGGGAACGUUCUUGUGAGUGAUGAGGUUCUCAUGUCUGCCAUCUCAGCGUUCACAUCCAUGGACACGCCAGUCACGGCCAUGCAGUCUUCCUCUCAGAACAAUCUGAGCAUGCCCAGUGCACCGUCGUACCUGCAGAACCACCCACAGGCCUCCCAGCCCCUUCCGCUUACCCAGGCUCCACCCCUUUCUGCACAGGUUCCCUCCAGUAUCAACAGCUCAGUAGUGCAGGUGCACAGCACACUGCCCCCGAUGGCUGUAGGAGGAAAUGCAGAGGUCCACACACUUGGUCUCCAACCAUUUCAGUCUGUUCAGGUACAGGGUGGUGGUCAGUGUGUGGACAGUCAGAGUGCAGCAUUCAGCAGUGCUCCUGUUUACAGUUCAGCUAAAGCGGCACCAAAGCAGAAGAGCUGCGGCAGCACCGUGACUCUGAGUGAGCUGAGCGAAUACGACAAGGUCAUCAUCCCCAAAAAGACCCGCAAUUCAAAGAAAAUACACGAAGGUCAAACAAAAGCCAAAGGUCAGAAGCUUAAGUGCAGUUUCUGUGACAAAGUGUUCGCUAAAAACUUCGACCUGCAGCAGCACAUCAGAAGUCAUACGGGCGAGAAGCCAUUCCAGUGCAUCGUAUGUGGCCGUGCCUUCGCCCAGAAAUCCAAUGUGAAGAAACACAUGCAGACGCACAAGGUGUGGCCAGCUGGAGUGCACAGCACUGUGUCCAGACUCCCCGUCACAGUGAAGCCAGUCCCGGAGAACACGGCUCAACAUUCUGACGGACAUGAAGAACACGGAGUUCUGGAUCGGAGCGAGGCUGAGCUCCCGUCUGAGGCAAAAGGAUCCAACCAGGCCCAAAACAAGCAGCUGCUCCUGAUCGACAGUUCGUACCAGUGCCAGUUCUGCACCGCAAAAUUCAGCAGCUACUUCCAGCUCAAAUCUCACAUGACCCAACACAAAGAUGAGCAGGUGUACAGGUGUGUGGUGAAGGCAUGCUCCCAGACCUUCCAGAAGCUAGAGCUCUUCCUUGAGCAUAUCCGUUCUCACCAGGAGCACCUGACGUACCGCUGCCACCUGUGUACCAAAGUGUUCCCGUCUCUGUUUGAGCUCGGCCUGCACCAGUACUCCCACAGCUUCUGUCCUCAGCAGAACACACACAAAGACACUGCCUACUACAGGUGCAAUAAGUGUCAGAGUAAAUACUCCACACAGGAAGCUCUGGAGCAGCACAUCCUCACUGCCUCACACAACUUCCCCUGUCCACACUGCCACAAGGUCUUCCCAUGCGAGCGAUAUUUCCGGAGACACCUGCUUACUCACGGCGCUGUUGGCAGAUUCAACUGCCAGAUCUGUAAAAAGCUGUUUAAAACUGAGCACUACCUCAAACUGCACACACAGAUACACUCAGGUGAGAAACCAUAUAAAUGUUCAGUGUGUGAAGCCACAUUCAACCGCAAGGACAAGGUGAAGAGACACAUGCUGAUCCAUGAACCCUUUAAGAAGUACAAGUGUCCUUUCAGGACGCACGUUGGAUGCACCAAAGAGUUCAACAGGCCUGACAAACUGAAGGCGCACAUCCUGUCUCACUCAGGCAUUAAGCCGUUUAAGUGCCAGUUCUGCCAGAAGAGCUUCAGUCGCCGUGCACACAUGCUCGAGCACCAGCGCUCUCACACCAACAACUACCGUUUCCGCUGCUCCACCUGUGCCAAGGGCUUCACCCGCCUUAAAUACUACCGCGAGCACCGCUGCCCAAUGGCCACAGCCUCCGACACCACCACUGGAACAGCUGGAGGCGGAGAACCCACAGGCGGAGGAGCAGAUUACACAGAUGUUCCGGAGGAAGAUGAAGACAAUGAUGAAGAGACGAGUGAAGGCGGUGUUGUGGGAACUGAAAUGGGAACAGGAGCGGAGAUGAUGAGAGGAACGGAGCAAGAAGAGCAGAAUGAAGGUUUACAGGGAGGUGGAGGAGCUGAUGAACUGCUGGAGGAAACAGUGUUUGGCUCAACGGCUGAUUGAUUGGCUCUGUCAAAGUCGUGUGGUUUAGUAGGAAAUCCGGCAGAGCGCGCGCGCAUGCACAAAAAAAACCCUAUUAAAAACGGGAAAAAAAUGGAGCUAAAAUGCUCUGCUACAGUAUUUUAAUAAAUAUAAUUGCAUAAUUGGAGAAUCGAGAUCGCAAUUCUAAGAUGAAAAUUGUCCAGCUGUAUGUAUAAUUGAACACAUAGAGAGAGCGAGAUGCUAAGUGAUCACCUGUGUCUGGUGAUGUGCUUACACUUUUUACAAACUGAGUUCAGACAUAUCUUAAGUCCCUGUGGUGCAACUGAAAUUCUGUGCUAGUUUUAACUGUGGUUUAGGACCAGCUUUACACCCUGACUUAGCAGUGAACUCUCGUUCAUUAAAGGAAAACUCUGGGAUUUUUUUUUUUUAAAUUAAUUUAUACCCUGGGUCUUUAUCCCAUCUCUUUGAGGGAGGAAAAGUAUUUUAGUACCUUUCUCUUCUUCCGUCUUUGACACAGUGCCUGUGAGGGGCUGCUUUCUGAUCUUUACAAAAGACACGCAGAAUUUGUGAAGUCCAUUUCCAAAGCAAUGCCUGAAUCUUUAGCUGAUUAUGACGACAGGGAUGAGGCAUUUGAAUUUGAUGGCCGUCCCUGUUUAUUUGCGAUAAAGAGCUCUGAGAAACUGAAGAAAAAUCCCAGCUAGUCUUCAUUAUCUCUAAAUGUUGAUGCGUAUAAUUAUAUAAUCGGUCAUGGCUCAAUAGAUCAUUUUUUCAUCCAACCGACUUAUCGAGUGAGUGCUUUUUGACCUCAUCCUGCCAUGCUUUCAUGUGUACUGAUGCAAGGUCAGCUAAAUAACUUUGAGCUAUACCUUCACUGUCUGUAUGGAAUCAAUUUUGUGCCAAAAUGUUCAUACAAUACUUUUGAAAUAUCAAAAAUUAUAAAUCAAAAUUAAAAAAGUCAAAUUUUUUUAGA